AUGGUGGGGGACCUGUUGGCGGCCGCGGACUGGUGGUACCAGCUGAUGGAGAGGAUGAUCCCCUGUGUGAGAAUCUGCUGUGCCGUGCUGUCACUGAGCGGCGUGCGGAGGACGCACAGCAUAGCAGGCGACUUCAUCUGCUCCGGCGCCUUCGAGGUCGGCGGCCACGACUGGCGCAUCCUCUACUACCCAUCGGGCUACGAAGAUGCCCGAAGCGACCGCGUAGCCGCCCUCCUGCAGCUGGUGACGGGCAUCGACCCCGAUGUCACCAUGGAGGUGGCCGGGACCUUCAGCAUCGGAAACCAUACCGCCGACGGUGGCACCGCCACCAUGUUCGAUUUCUGCCACGAGUUUAUGGAUGACAUCUUGGAGAAUGGCAGCAUGGUCGAGUUGGCCACCGUGGAUGAUGUCAAGUCAAGGUUCGAGUUCGUGUUCGAGUUCGGAAUCCGCAUCGCAACUAGGACGUGCACCGCCACCACCGCCGCCCGGGAGAUCGCCGUGCCGCCGCCCAACAUCUCCUGGCACCUUGAGAGGCUGAUAACUGAUGGAGGCCGCCACGGAGCUAGGGUCCGACGUCACCUUCCUCCUCAAGGGGGAGGACAGCGGCGCGUCGUUCCACGCGCAUUCCCUCGUGCUCUCCGCGCGGGCGCCAGCCUUGUUGAAAGAAGCACAAGCAGCAGAUCAUGCGGAGUGGAAUGCCACGAGCAACAAGAGGUGUCUUGUGGAUCGAGGGGAUCAGGGCUGUGGUCUUCAAGGCCUUGCUCCACUUCGUCUACACGCACGAGCUGGACGCGGUUCGCCGGCGAUCUGCUGGCGGCCGCGGACCGGUACCAGCUGGUGGAGAGGAUGAGGCCCAUGUGCAAGAACCUGCUAUGCGAGAUGAUCACACCGGUACUGCUGCUUCUGCUUAGUCGCCCUUGGAGUAGCUAG